UUGGGACUUGCUAAGCUCGAUUAAAUUCGCGUCCAUCGCGUUUUCUUUUCUCUCAAACAAUCAUGAGCACCGAGAGGCUCGAAAAACUCAUUAAUCAAUGCAAAAGCAUCGACGUUGACCAAAAGAUUGAUGCCGUUACAAAACUGCAGGCAGAGUUCGAGUCGGGCAUAGAAAUCACAGAACUAGAAUCAGUCAUCUCUACCCUCAAAGCAUGUCUUCGUAUCUCAAAUCAACAUCUAACGACCGCCACGCUCUCUGCCCUUCCUCCUCUAUUCCCCUUGAUAAUUUCGCGCAACAAUGUCGUCCCAAACGCAAACGCGCGCCCAUUAUCAGCAUCAUCCUCCACGUCGUCCACUCCCGGAACGUCUCAUGACUUAAUGGUCCUCCGCCAGAUUAUGAAUGCGUUUCUUCUCGCUCCUGGCGUCAUCGAGCGUCUCGGUGAUACCCGCGAAAGGGCUCGUGAUAAGGCGCGUGAAACACUGGUCAUCCUCGGCGGACUGGCAUUCAGGGCUCCAUCUGGUUCAAAGAUGAAGGAUAGCAACGGGGGUCCGGAAACGCCACUUACAAUAUUCGAACGUUUCCUCAGAGAUAGCGGCUUCAGAAGCAAGGUUGCCAGAGUCCGAGAACAAUCAUUACUAGUCCUCGUGCACAUCCGCCGAACCCACCAUCUUUUUCCUGUUCGACCAUACGUUUCAUCACUAGUAGACACGUUGGAAGACACGGAUGGUAAUGUUCGCGCAUGCGCAUCGCCUUCCGUUAUUGAGCUCUUCACUGGGCCGGGCAUGACGGACGCUGCUCGCUCAGACCUCAAGACAGAGCUGACAAAGAAGGGGGUACGCAAAGCGAUGGUUGAGAAUAUUCAGUCACAGCUCAUGUAUUCCAGUCGUGCUGCUGGGACAAGCACGCCCCAGAGCGAGGGUUCCGCGGGCAGUGGAGAGCCAAAGGAGGAGUACAUUCCUCCAAGCGUGAUGCUGCAACAGAGUCGCCGUCCAACGGUUGGCGCGGCAUCAGGAGCUACGCCCGGUAUCACGAGGGCAGUAAGUCAAGGAAAUGUGAGAGAGAUUCCGAGGCCACCAAGUCGAGCUGCAGUUGUCUCUCCGCCUUUGUCAUCACAACCGUCAAGCGAAGCAGCUAGUACGGUUGAACCUGCUUUUGUUGCAUCUAGCCGAGAUCUGGAAAAUGAAUUUCUAGCAUUUACAAAAUCAUUCGAGG